AUGCUUGUCUCUCACCCUAUCGGACAGGAGAGGGACAGAGGUGGGCGGACAGAGGAGAGGAGGGGUGAGAGAUUCACCGCCAUUCUCCUCCUUGCUCCAUCCCUGCUCUUAUUCCCCCAUCCCCCCAUACCCUCCCUACGCUUGUCUCUCACACUAUCGGACAGGAGAGGGACAGAGGUGGGCGGACAGAGGAGAGGAGGGGUGAGAGAUUCACCGCCAUUCUCCUCCUUGCUCCAUCCCUGCUCUUAUUCCCCCAUCCCCCCAUACCCUCCCUACGCUUGUCUCUCACACUAUCGGACAGGAGAGGGACAGAGGAGAGGGACAGAGGUGGGCGGACAGAGGAGAGGAGGGGUGAGAGAUUCACCGCCAUUCUCCUCCUUGCUCCAUCCCUGCUCUUAUUCCCCCAUCCCCCCAUACCCUCCCUACGCUUGUCUCUCACACGGACAGGAGAGGGACAGAGGUGGGCGGACAGAGGAGAGGAGGGGUGAGAGAUUCACCGCCAUUCUCCUCCUUGCUCCAUCCCUGCUCUUAUUCCCCCAUCCCCCCCUACCCUCCCUAUGCUUGUCUCUCACCCUAUCGGACAGGAGAGGGACAGAGGUGGGCGGACAGAGGAGAGGAGGGGUGAGAGAUUCACCGCCAUUCUCCUCCUUGCUCCAUCCCUGCUCUUAUUCCCCCAUCCCCCCAUACCCUCCCUACGCUUGUCUCUCACACUAUCGGACAGGAGAGGGACAGAGGAGAGGGACAGCGGUGGGCGGACAGAGGAGAGGAGGGGUGAGAGAUUCACUGCCAUUCUCCUCUUUGCUCCAUCCCUGCUCUUAUUCCCCCAUCCCCCCCUACCCUCCCUAUGCUUGUCUCUCACCCUAUCGGACAGGAGAGGGACAGAGGAGAGGGACAGAGGAGGGCGGACAGAGGAGAGGAGGGGUGAGAGAUUCAUCGCCAUUCUCCUCCUUGCUCCAUCCCUGCUCUUAUUCCCCCAUCCCCCCCUACCCUCCCUACGCUUGUCUCUCACACUAUCGGACAGGAGAGGGACAGAGGAGAGGGACAGAGAUAAGCUAUCCUCUCUGCCAUCUCAUGCCCCCACCAUCCUCUCUGCCAUCUCAUGCCCCCACCAUCCUCUCUGCCAUCUCAUGCCCCCACCAUCCUCUCUGCCAUCUCAUGCCCCCACCAUCCUCUCUGCCAUCUCAUGCGCCCACCAUCCUCUCUGCCAUCUCAUGCCCCCACCAUCCUCUCUGCCAUCUCAUGCCCCCACCAUCCUCUCUGCCAUCUCAUGCGCCCACCAUCCUCUCUGCCAUCUCAUGCCCCCACCAUCCUCUCUGCCAUCUCAUGCCCCCACCAUCCUCUCUGCCAUCUCAUGCGCCCACCAUCCUCUCUGCCAUCUCAUGCCCCCACCAUCCUCUCUGCCAUCUCAUGCGCCCACCAUCCUCUCUGCCAUCUCAUGCGCCCACCAUCCUCUCUGCCAUCUCAUGCCCCCACCAUCCUCUCUGCCAUCUCAUGCCCCCCACCAUCCUCUCUGCCAUCUCAUGCCCCCACCAUCCUCUCUGCCAUCUCAUGCCCCCACCAUCCUCUCUGCCAUCUCAUGCCCCCACCAUCCUCUCUGCCAUCUCAUGCCCCCACCAUCCUCUCUGCCAUCUCAUGCCCCCACCAUCCUCUCUGCCAUCUCAUGCCCCCACCAUCCUCUCUGCCAUCUCAUGCCCCCACCAUCCUCUCUGCCAUCUCAUGCCCCCACCAUCCUCUCUGCCAUCUCAUGCCCCCACCAUCCUCUCUGCCAUCUCAUGCCCCACCAUCCUCUCUGCCAUCUCAUGCGCCCACCAUCCUCUCUGCCAUCUCAUGCCCCCACCAUCCUCUCUGCCAUCUCAUGCGCCCACCAUCCUCUCUGCCAUCUCAUGCCCCCACCAUCCUCUCUGCCAUCUCAUGCCCCCACCAUCCUCUCUGCCAUCUCAUGCCCCCACCAUCCUCUCUGCCAUCUCAUGCGCCCACCAUCCUCUCUGCCAUCUCAUGCCCCCACCAUCCUCUCUGCCAUCUCAUGCCCCCACCAUCCUCUCUGCCAUCUCAUGCGCCCACCAUCCUCUCUGCCAUCUCAUGCCCCCACCAUCCUCUCUGCCAUCUCAUGCCCCCACCAUCCUCUCUGCCAUCUCAUGCGCCCACCAUCCUCUCUGCCAUCUCAUGCCCCCACCAUCCUCUCUGCCAUCUCAUGCCCCCACCAUCCUCUCUGCCAUCUCAUGCGCCCACCAUCCUCUCUGCCAUCUCAUGCCCCCACCAUCCUCUCUGCCAUCUCAUGCGCCCACCAUCCUCUCUGCCAUCUCAUGCCCCCACCAUCCUCUCUGCCAUCUCAUGCCCCCACCAUCCUCUCUGCCAUCUCAUGCGCCCACCAUCCUCUCUGCCAUCUCAUGCCCCCACCAUCCUCUCUGCCAUCUCAUGCCCCCACCAUCCUCUCUGCCAUCUCAUGCGCCCACCAUCCUCUCUGCCAUCUCAUGCCCCCACCAUCCUCUCUGCCAUCUCAUGCCCCCACCAUCCUCUCUGCCAUCUCAUGCGCCCACCAUCCUCUCUGCCAUCUCAUGCCCCCACCAUCCUCUCUGCCAUCUCAUGCCCCCACCAUCCUCUCUGCCAUCUCAUGCGCCCACCAUCCUCUCUGCCAUCUCAUGCCCCCACCAUCCUCUCUGCCAUCUCAUGCGCCCACCAUCCUCUCUGCCAUCUCAUGCCCCCACCAUCCUCUCUGCCAUCUCAUGCCCCCACCAUCCUCUCUGCCAUCUCAUGCGCCCACCAUCCUCUCUGCCAUCUCAUGCCCCCACCAUCCUCUCUGCCAUCUCAUGCCCCCACCAUCCUCUCUGCCAUCUCAUGCGCCCACCAUCCUCUCUGCCAUCUCAUGCCCCCACCAUCCUCUCUGCCAUCUCAUGCCCCCACCAUCCUCUCUGCCAUCUCAUGCGCCCACCAUCCUCUCUGCCAUCUCAUGCCCCCACCAUCCUCUCUGCCAUCUCAUGCCCCCACCAUCCUCUCUGCCAUCUCAUGCGCCCACCAUCCUCUCUGCCAUCUCAUGCCCCCACCAUCCUCUCUGCCAUCUCAUGCGCCCACCAUCCUCUCUGCCAUCUCAUGCGCCCACCAUCCUCUCUGCCAUCUCAUGCCCCCACCAUCCUCUCUGCCAUCUCAUGCCCCCACCAUCCUCUCUGCCAUCUCAUGCGCCCACCAUCCUCUCUGCCAUCUCAUGCCCCCACCAUCCUCUCUGCCAUCUCAUGCCCCCACCAUCCUCUCUGCCAUCUCAUGCGCCCACCAUCCUCUCUGCCAUCUCAUGCGCCCACCAUCCUCUCUGCCAUCUCAUGCGCCCACCAUCCUCUCUGCCAUCUCAUGCCCCCACCAUCCUCUCUGCCAUCUCAUGCCCCCACCAUCCUCUCUGCCAUCUCAUGCGCCCACCAUCCUCUCUGCCAUCUCAUGCCCCCACCAUCCUCUCUGCCAUCUCAUGCCCCCACCAUCCUCUCUGCCAUCUCAUGCGCCCACCAUCCUCUCUGCCAUCUCAUGCGCCCACCAUCCUCUCUGCCAUCUCAUGCGCCCACCAUCCUCUCUGCCAUCUCAUGCCCCCACCAUCCUCUCUGCCAUCUCAUGCGCCCACCAUCCUCUCUGCCAUCUCAUGCGCCCACCAUCCUCUCUGCCAUCUCAUGCCCCCACCAUCCUCUCUGCCAUCUCAUGCCCCCACCAUCCUCUCUGCCAUCUCAUGCGCCCACCAUCCUCUCUGCCAUCUCAUGCGCCCACCAUCCUCUCUGCCAUCUCAUGCCCCCACCAUCCUCUCUGCCAUCUCAUGCGCCCACCAUCCUCUCUGCCAUCUCAUGCGCCCACCAUCCUCUCUGCCAUCUCAUGCGCCCACCAUCCUCUCUGCCAUCUCAUGCCCCCACCAUCCUCUCUGCCAUCUCAUGCGCCCACCAUCCUCUCUGCCAUCUCAUGCCCCCACCAUCCUCUCUGCCAUCUCAUGCCCCCACCAUCCUCUCUGCCAUCUCAUGCGCCCACCAUCCUCUCUGCCAUCUCAUGCGCCCACCAUCCUCUCUGCCAUCUCAUGCCCCCACCAUCCUCUCUGCCAUCUCAUGCCCCCACCAUCCUCUCUGCCAUCUCAUGCCUCCACCAUCCUCUCUGCCAUCUCAUGCCCCCACCAUCCUCUCUGCCAUCUCAUGCCCCCACCAUCCUCUCUGCCAUCUCAUGCGCCCACCAUCCUCUCUGCCAUCUCAUGCCCCCACCAUCCUCUCUGCCAUCUCAUGCCCCCACCAUCCUCUCUGCCAUCUCAUGCCCCCACCAUCCUCUCUGCCAUCUCAUGCCCCCACCAUCCUCUCUGCCAUCUCAUGCGCCCACCAUCCUCUCUGCCAUCUCAUGCCCCCACCAUCCUCUCUGCCAUCUCAUGCCCCCACCAUCCUCUCUGCCAUCUCAUGCGCCCACCAUCCUCUCUGCCAUCUCAUGCCCCCACCAUCCUCUCUGCCAUCUCAUGCGCCCACCAUCCUCUCUGCCAUCUCAUGCCCCCACCAUCCUCUCUGCCAUCUCAUGCCCCCACCAUCCUCUCUGCCAUCUCAUGCGCCCACCAUCCUCUCUGCCAUCUCAUGCCCCCACCAUCCUCUCUGCCAUCUCAUGCCCCCACCAUCCUCUCUGCCAUCUCAUGCGCCCACCAUCCUCUCUGCCAUCUCAUGCCCCCACCAUCCUCUCUGCCAUCUCAUGCGCCCACCAUCCUCUCUGCCAUCUCAUGCCCCCACCAUCCUCUCUGCCAUCUCAUGCGCCCACCAUCCUCUCUGCCAUCUCAUGCCCCCACCAUCCUCUCUGCCAUCUCAUGCGCCCACCAUCCUCUCUGCCAUCUCAUGCCCCCACCAUCCUCUCUGCCAUCUCAUGCCCCCACCAUCCUCUCUGCCAUCUCAUGCGCCCACCAUCCUCUCUGCCAUCUCAUGCCCCCACCAUCCUCUCUGCCAUCUCAUGCGCCCACCAUCCUCUCUGCCAUCUCAUGCCCCCACCAUCCUCUCUGCCAUCUCAUGCCCCCACCAUCCUCUCUGCCAUCUCAUGCGCCCACCAUCCUCUCUGCCAUCUCAUGCCCCCACCAUCCUCUCUGCCAUCUCAUGCGCCCACCAUCCUCUCUGCCAUCUCAUGCCCCCACCAUCCUCUCUGCCAUCUCAUGCGCCCACCAUCCUCUCUGCCAUCUCAUGCCCCCACCAUCCUCUCUGCCAUCUCAUGCGCCCACCAUCCUCUCUGCCAUCUCAUGCCCCCACCAUCCUCUCUGCCAUCUCAUGCGCCCACCAUCCUCUCUGCCAUCUCAUGCCCCCACCAUCCUCUCUGCCAUCUCAUGCCCCCACCAUCCUCUCUGCCAUCUCAUGCCCCCACCAUCCUCUCUGCCAUCUCAUGCGCCCACCAUCCUCUCUGCCAUCUCAUGCCCCCACCAUCCUCUCUGCCAUCUCAUGCGCCCACCAUCCUCUCUGCCAUCUCAUGCCCCCACCAUCCUCUCUGCCAUCUCAUGCCCCCACCAUCCUCUCUGCCAUCUCAUGCGCCCACCAUCCUCUCUGCCAUCUCAUGCCCCCACCAUCCUCUCUGCCAUCUCAUGCGCCCACCAUCCUCUCUGCCAUCUCAUGCCCCCACCAUCCUCUCUGCCAUCUCAUGCGCCCACCAUCCUCUCUGCCAUCUCAUGCCCCCACCAUCCUCUCUGCCAUCUCAUGCGCCCACCAUCCUCUCUGCCAUCUCAUGCCCCCACCAUCCUCUCUGCCAUCUCAUGCGCCCACCAUCCUCUCUGCCAUCUCAUGCCCCCACCAUCCUCUCUGCCAUCUCAUGCCCCCACCAUCCUCUCUGCCAUCUCAUGCGCCCACCAUCCUCUCUGCCAUCUCAUGCCCCCACCAUCCUCUCUGCCAUCUCAUGCGCCCACCAUCCUCUCUGCCAUCUCAUGCCCCCACCAUCCUCUCUGCCAUCUCAUGCGCCCACCAUCCUCUCUGCCAUCUCAUGCCCCCACCAUCCUCUCUGCCAUCUCAUGCGCCCACCAUCCUCUCUGCCAUCUCAUGCCCCCACCAUCCUCUCUGCCAUCUCAUGCGCCCACCAUCCUCUCUGCCAUCUCAUGCCCCCACCAUCCUCUCUGCCAUCUCAUGCCCCCACCAUCCUCUCUGCCAUCUCAUGCGCCCACCAUCCUCUCUGCCAUCUCAUGCCCCCACCAUCCUCUCUGCCAUCUCAUGCCCCCACCAUCCUCUCUGCCAUCUCAUGCGCCCACCAUCCUCUCUGCCAUCUCAUGCCCCCACCAUCCUCUCUGCCAUCUCAUGCGCCCACCAUCCUCUCUGCCAUCUCAUGCCCCCACCAUCCUCUCUGCCAUCUCAUGCGCCCACCAUCCUCUCUGCCAUCUCAUGCCCCCACCAUCCUCUCUGCCAUCUCAUGCCCCCACCAUCCUCUCUGCCAUCUCAUGCGCCCACCAUCCUCUCUGCCAUCUCAUGCCCCCACCAUCCUCUCUGCCAUCUCAUGCGCCCACCAUCCUCUCUGCCAUCUCAUGCCCCCACCAUCCUCUCUGCCAUCUCAUGCGCCCACCAUCCUCUCUGCCAUCUCAUGCCCCCACCAUCCUCUCUGCCAUCUCAUGCGCCCACCAUCCUCUCUGCCAUCUCAUGCCCCCACCAUCCUCUCUGCCAUCUCAUGCGCCCACCAUCCUCUCUGCCAUCUCAUGCCCCCACCAUCCUCUCUGCCAUCUCAUGCCCCCACCAUCCUCUCUGCCAUCUCAUGCGCCCACCAUCCUCUCUGCCAUCUCAUGCCCCCACCAUCCUCUCUGCCAUCUCAUGCCCCCACCAUCCUCUCUGCCAUCUCAUGCGCCCCACCAUCCUCUCUGCCAUCUCAUGCCCCCACCAUCCUCUCUGCCAUCUCAUGCCCCCACCAUCCUCUCUGCCAUCUCAUGCGCCCACCAUCCUCUCUGCCAUCUCAUGCCCCCACCAUCCUCUCUGCCAUCUCAUGCGCCCACCAUCCUCUCUGCCAUCUCAUGCCCCCACCAUCCUCUCUGCCAUCUCAUGCCCCCACCAUCCUCUCUGCCAUCUCAUGCGCCCACCAUCCUCUCUGCCAUCUCAUGCCCCCACCAUCCUCUCUGCCAUCUCAUGCCCCCACCAUCCUCUCUGCCAUCUCAUGCGCCCACCAUCCUCUCUGCCAUCUCAUGCCCCCACCAUCCUCUCUGCCAUCUCAUGCCCCCACCAUCCUCUCUGCCAUCUCAUGCGCCCACCAUCCUCUCUGCCAUCUCAUGCCCCCACCAUCCUCUCUGCCAUCUCAUGCGCCCACCAUCCUCUCUGCCAUCUCAUGCCCCCACCAUCCUCUCUGCCAUCUCAUGCCCCCACCAUCCUCUCUGCCAUCUCAUGCCCCCACCAUCCUCUCUGCCAUCUCAUGCGCCCACCAUCCUCUCUGCCAUCUCAUGCCCCCACCAUCCUCUCUGCCAUCUCAUGCGCCCACCAUCCUCUCUGCCAUCUCAUGCCCCCACCAUCCUCUCUGCCAUCUCAUGCCCCCACCAUCCUCUCUGCCAUCUCAUGCGCCCACCAUCCUCUCUGCCAUCUCAUGCCCCCACCAUCCUCUCUGCCAUCUCAUGCGCCCACCAUCCUCUCUGCCAUCUCAUGCGCCCACCAUCCUCUCUGCCAUCUCAUGCCCCCACCAUCCUCUCUGCCAUCUGAUGCGCCCACCAUCCUCUCUGCCAUCUCAUGCCCCCACCAUCCUCUCUGCCAUCUCAUGCGCCCACCAUCCUCUCUGCCAUCUCAUGCCCCCACCAUCCUCUCUGCCAUCUCAUGCGCCCACCAUCCUCUCUGCCAUCUCAUGCCCCCACCAUCCUCUCUGCCAUCUCAUGCGCCCACCAUCCUCUCUGCCAUCUCAUGCGCCCACCAUCCUCUCUGCCAUCUCAUGCGCCCACCAUCCUCUCUGCCAUCUCAUGCCCCCACCAUCCUCUCUGCCAUCUCAUGCGCCCACCAUCCUCUCUGCCAUCUCAUGCCCCCACCAUCCUCUCUGCCAUCUCAUGCCCCCACCAUCCUCUCUGCCAUCUCAUGCGCCCACCAUCCUCUCUGCCAUCUCAUGCCCCCACCAUCCUCUCUGCCAUCUCAUGCGCCCACCAUCCUCUCUGCCAUCUCAUGCGCCCACCAUCCUCUCUGCCAUCUCAUGCGCCCACCAUCCUCUCUGCCAUCUCAUGCGCCCACCAUCCUCUCUGCCAUCUCAUGCGCCCACCAUCCUCUCUGCCAUCUCAUGCGCCCACCAUCCUCUCUGCCAUCUCAUGCCCCCACCAUCCUCUCUGCCAUCUCAUGCGCCCACCAUCCUCUCUGCCAUCUCAUGCCCCCACCAUCCUCUCUGCCAUCUCAUGCGCCCACCAUCCUCUCUGCCAUCUCAUGCGCCCACCAUCCUCUCUGCCAUCUCAUGCGCCCACCAUCCUCUCUGCCAUCUCAUGCGCCCACCAUCCUCUCUGCCAUCUCAUGCGCCCACCAUCCUCUCUGCCAUCUCAUGCCCCCACCAUCCUCUCUGCCAUCUCAUGCGCCCACCAUCCUCUCUGCCAUCUCAUGCGCCCACCAUCCUCUCUGCCAUCUCCGGAUAUUCGAGUUAAACCUCUCUGCCCUCACACACCCUCACCCUCCUCUCUGCCCUCACACACACUCACCCUCCUCUCUGCCCUCCCAUGCCCUCACCCUCCUCUCUGCCCUCCCAUGCCCUCACCCUCCUCUCUGCCCUCCCAUGCCCUCACCCUCCUCUCUGCCUUCCCAUGCCCUCACCUCCUCUCUGCCCUCCCAUGCCCUCACCCUCAUCUCUGCCCUCCCAUGCCCUCACCCUCCUCUCUGCCUCCCAUGCCCUCACCUCCUCUCUGCCUUCCCAUACCCCCACCCUCUUCUCUGCCCUCCCAUGCCCUCACCCUCCUCUCUGUCCUCUCAUGCCCUCACCCUCCUCUCUGCCCUCCCAUGCCCUCACCCUCCUCUCUGCCUUCCCAUACCCCCACCCUCUUCUCUGCCCUCCCAUGCCCUCACCCUCCUCUCUGUCCUCUCAUGCCCUCACCCUCCUCUCCGGUGUCUCAUAAACUCACCAUCCUCUCUGCCCUGCCAUACCCUCACCCUCUUCUCUGCCCUCCCAUGCCCUCACCCUCCCCUUUGCCGUCACAUGCCCCCACCCUCCUCUCUGCCCUCCCCAUGCCCUCACCCUCCUCUCUGCCCUCUCAUAUCCGCACCCUCCUCUCUGCCCUCCCAUGCUGCCACACUCUUCUCUGCCCACCCAUGCCCUCACCCUCCUCUCUGCCCUCACAUGCCCUCACCCUCCUCUCUGCCCUCACAUGGCCUCACCCUUUUCUCUGGAAUCAUACCUACCCCACCAUAG